AUGGACGUGCCUGCAAAGGGAAAUAUUUUAGGCCGUGUCAUCCCGGCACGGUAUAUUCUAGCCAUCCUGGGAUCUGUAGGAAUGGCCAUCGUUUAUGGUCUGAAAGUAAACUUAUCUGUGGCUAUGGUUGGUAUGUUAAACCAUACUGCUAUAAAACUGGCAGCUCACGAUGAACCACAUGAAACUGCUUCCCAACCUUCGGAGCUGGAGUGUCAACCAACGAGUAACUCAACUAGUAGCAACGAUGCAGAUGGUCCAUUCCUGUGGUCGUCCGAAGUUCAGGGCAUUGUCCUCAGUUGUUAUUUCUGGGGAUAUUUUGUUUCGCAAAUUCCUGGAGGGAGAGUAGCAGAAUUGUUUUCUGCGAAAUGGGUGAUGUUCUUCAGUGUGACCAUCAAUGUGAUAUGCACAAUAUUAACGCCAGUGAUGGCAGAAGCUCAUUACAUUGCAGCUGUCAUAAUGAGAGUUGGUGAAGGUAUUGGCGGGGGUGUAACAUUUCCAGCGAUGCAUGUGUUGCUAUCAAAAUGGGCUCCGCCAGCUGAACGGAGUGUCAUGGCAUCUCUUGUUUACGCGGGAACUUCACUUGGAACUGUCAUCUCCAUGCUAAUGGCCGGAGUGCUUACAGCUACUCUUGGCUGGGAAAGCGUGUUCUACGUGAUGGGAGGUCUUUCUUGUCUCUGGUGUGUUCUAUGGAUCUUCCUCAUUAAAGACUCACCAGGUGAACAGCCGCUUAUAAGCCAAGAGGAGAGAGAUCUGAUUACCACUUCUCUUGGAGGAAAAUCUGGUGACCACUCGCAUAAGAACAUGACGGUCCCAUGGAGGAAAGUCUUUACAUCUGGUCCGUUCCUGGCGAUAGUCGUCGCCCAUGCUUGUUCAAACUGGGGCUGGUACAUGCUGCUUAUCGAACUUCCCUUCUACAUGAAGCAAGUACUGAAGUUCAAUAUGACUGAGAAUGCAGUUACAACAGCACUUCCAUUCCUAUCACUAUGGUUCUUUAGCAUGGCUCUCAGUAAGACUUUGGAUUGGAUGCGGGGAAGGAACUACAUCACUACAACGACAGCUAGGAAGAUUGGAACACUAUUCGCAUCAGCGGUGCCAGCGUCCUGUCUGCUCGCAGUAUGCUACAUCGGAUGCAACCGCGGGGCAGCGGUCGCACUCAUGGCGAUCGGUGUUACCUGUAUAGGAGGAAUGUUUUGUGGAUUUUUAUCUAACCAUAUUGAUAUCGCACCUAACUUUGCUGGAACUCUGGUAGCAAUUACCAACACAGUGGCCACGAUUCCCGGAAUCGUCGUACCAAUUUUUGUAGGGGUGUUGACACAUGGAAAUCAAACAAUAUCCGCAUGGCGCAUAAUUUUUUUCGUCACAAUAGCCCUAUAUAUAGUAGAAAUUAUAGUUUAUUCUAUAUUCGGUUCUGGUGAGGAGCAACCAUGGAAUAAUUUAAAGGACAAUGAAAACGAUGGCAACCCUGAAGAAAGGCCUUUUAAAAUGGACGAAAGAACCCAUGUCUAG